AUUGAAAUGUUUGUUAUCAGUUUGAAUGGUAUUCCUUUGGAUUCUUGUUUAACGAAGUUGAUUAAAUCAAAUAAAAAAAACAAAAAAAAAACAAAAAAAAAUCAAAAAAUUAAAAAUGUCAACACAUUCAUCAUUGAUAAUGGUUUCCAUAUUGGUUAUAUUAACCAUACAAUCAACAAAUGGUGCAAAAAAUCAGACUGCAAAAAUCUGUGAUAAACAACGUGUGGAUGAAUGUGCCAUUUCAUUGUCAUUGUUAACAGAUCCGGAAUUAUUGAAAGAUCCACCAAAAACAUUAGCCGAUAUGGAAAAAUAUUGUCGAAAAUUCAAACAAUCAACAACAUGUGUACGAGAAUAUUCGGAAAAAUGUUUAGCCGAUCAAUCACGACGUACAUUAUCAAUAAUAAUGUAUAGUAUGACUAAAACAAUGCGACGUUAUUGUAGCCGAACAAAAGGUAAACAAGAAUGGCUUAAUCUAGUCAAUUGUGUUGGUGAUGAUCUACCAAUUUAUUCAAAACAUUUAAUCGAUUUAUCUGCUGAUAUGCAUGCAAUACGUACAGCUAAACCGAAAAACAUGAGAAUUCCAUUAUGUUGUUGUGCCUAUCAACGACGAAAAGAAUUUAUAAUGGAACAAUUGGAAAGUAAAUGUUCAAGUUAUAUACAAUGGAUAGAAGCAUUCUUACAAGGAUUUACUGGUGAUCUGUUCAAUUAUGCUUGUGGUGAAUAUAAUGAAGAUAAUGAUAAAUGUAAAAAUAUUAUUGGUAAAAUCAAACCAUGGAAAAAGCCAUUAGAAUGGAAAAGUUUCAUUGUACCAACCGUUGAGAUUAUUGAUAGUCUUUAAUAAUACUGAUAAUAAUGAUGAUGAUUUUUUUGCAAAUAAUUUUACAACAGCAAAAUGAUUAUAUUGGCAUU